AUGCCUCAUUUCAGAACGUGGACGCAAGCACCUAAGCGGAGAAGAGAGGAGAUGUUAGACUGUGAUCAAGAGUUAGAAAGCAUUUCUGUCUCCUCAUGUGCCUCUAAUUCUGCAAGCGAUGUCGAGCAGCGAGAUGAAGAAAAUCAAACCAAGACGGCGGAGGGCAAAACACCACAUUCUCCUUCAACACGAACACCAAAACCAAGCAACCGCAACGACAACAACAAUAGCGACAGCACAAAGCUCCCUCAAUGCAGAAAAGUACGCAAAAAGCAGAAGACAAUGGAUCCCCCAAUACCAGAGAGCGAGUACACAGAGAUCCAGUACGUGAAUCAAGUAAAACAGAAGUAUUCACCCAAGAACGGUCUGGCUGGUGACUUGCCGCCUAUUCAUGAUCUCGAUAAGAUUUUCGAGAACAUCACUUUGAACGCUGUGCGCGACGUUCGAUUUAAGAGAUUCGUCGACUCUCUCAAUGGGCGCAAGCUGCGUGUUGCCACGGUCUGCUCGGGGACAGAAAGUCCUAUUCUAGCUCUGGAGAUGGUUAUUUCACAAUUGAAGAAACUGGGCUUCGAGUCCUUCGAAUUCAAACACCUUUUCAGUGCAGAGAUUGUCGAAUAUAAACAAGCAUAUAUUGAGAGAAACUUCCAUCCCCCUCUGCUCUUCAGAGAUGCUAUUGAGCUCCACAAAAAGACAGCACACACUGCAUACGGAGCAGAGCGCGAAGUACCAACAAGACUAGAUCUCCUCGUCGCUGGAUUCCCAUGCGUGGAUUACUCUAAUCUGAACAACUGGCGCAAGGAAUUCGGCGAGCGUGGAGAAUCCGACGAUACCCUCAGAGCGCUUGUGGCAUAUUGCGAGAUCCAUCGGCCCAGAAUAGCCAUCCUUGAAAAUAUCAGCAAUGCACCUUGGAGCUAUAUUGGAUCUGCAUUCGAGAAAGUUGGAUACCAUUUCCGCAGCGUGAAGGUAGACACGAAAGAUUUCUAUCUACCACAGACACGCGAACGCGGUUAUGCCAUCUGCAUUGAGAGGGCUAGUGCUACAAACGGAGAAAGACUGCUUGAUGAAUGGGUCUCUAUAUUUUUGAGUUUCCAGCGUCGAGCAAGUUCGCCUUUUACAGAAUUCAUUGAUCUAGAUGACGAAGUCAUAGAGCAGCGCAAGCUCGAACGCUUGACCAUGUCCGAGCCGAGAUCAUCCCCUAACUGGUCUCUUUACAAGAUCAGACAUGCUGAUGUUCGUAGAGGAACCACUUUCGGUAAUGGGAGGCCUAUAACACACUGGGAAGAAGGCGGCAAGUGUCGACCUGCGGCGUGGAUGGACCGGCCGUGGUUCUUUUCUCAAGUGGAACGUGUUUGGGAUACGAUUGAUGUCAACCAUUUGCGUACAUUGAUGACUUCUGGUUACGAUAACUGUUUCAAAGUCCGCUGCAUUGAUAUCUCUCAAGGCGUCGACAGAGACAUGGACACUAGGCCCUUGGGUAUCAUGGGAUGCAUAACGCCCUCAGGCAUUUUGUACUCUACAGCUCGCGGUGGUCAAAUCCAAGGGCGCGAGUUGUUGGCCAUGCAAGGAAUGCCAUUAAGCCGGCUAUCUUUAACCCGAGAGAAUCAAGCCCAAAUGCAAGAUCUAGCAGGCAAUGCAAUGAGUACUACCGUUGUCGGCCCAGCAAUACUAGCAGCCCUUAUGACUUCAUAUUCCUUGUUGGAAGCAGAGCCCGAAGAAACAGGUGCCCUCGAGAACGAAGAACUGACGGAAGAACUUAAGCUCAAGAUACUUGCUGGGUUGACAGUGAGUCUGUGCAGUUGUGAGGGCCCCUAUGGUAUAGGACGGUAUGGCCUUUAUCGAUGUAUGGAUUGCAAUUUCACGGCUUGUGCUGCCUGCAAAGUCAAUCCCGUCCACACCUACAAGCCCAUCCCUGUAUCACAGCUCAGAAUUCGUCAGGAUCCAAAGAGGUUUCGAGAAUUGCUUCUAUGGAGCCUUCCAUCAACAAUACAGCCCCCAGAGCUCCCAUUACACAUUUACGGAGCAAUGUCUGGUCAGUACUCGUCAUCGGAGGAGACGAAGGAGAUAUGGGAACUGUUCCUCAAAACCGUUGAUGUAGUGCGUCUGGAUAUACUCAUGUACAAGUCUAUCAAGAGAACUCAGAGAUGGAAAGUCGUGUACGAGGGUUCCAAUUCUAUCCUUCACCUAACGAUCGGUCCUCGAGGGAUGCACUGGGAUUUGUUUGCAAAAGCACCAUUCAAUGAGCCAGCCAGAAGCCAUUUCAGAGAGAUUCUUCGUCACCCGAUUGCGAGAAUGAAAGUUAAUGAAAAUGGGCCGUCAAUUCUAGAGGGAGAAUGGCAAAUUUGUGCAUAUCGAGAGCAGUGGGUUUGGGGCAGUAUUAUCGUCACAGGUGAUGAUAGAGCUAUUGAAGGCCUCUCUUUGGACAUUCGUGGCAAGUAUGAGCGGAUCCAUAACUGCGGAGGGGCAUUGCAGUCACUGCAUCGCCGUGUUCCCAAAGCAGAUGAGCCAGCUUUAUUCUUUUUCUUAGAUCCAAGGAGACUAGGUCCCUCCCAGCUCGAUUCAUGGGUAUUCUCCACGGAUCCGCGGCGCAAAACUGAUGACACCCCGAGAGAUAUAAUUCUGCAAUUAGAUAGUAAAUGGGACUACCAGAAGCUGCGAUCAUCAGAGGCUUCUUCUGUACUCGCUUCUCAUCGACAAUGGAUCGACAUUGGGACCAUGUCGUUGAUCAACUAUGACUCGCAGAUGGGAAUUGUUAGUCGCAUACCCACCUCGCACAUUACGCUUCAGAUCAACGGCCAUGGUUGUUAUGGCUGCUACCUCCCCCUUUUGUCAGUAACAACUAACAUUAUCCCAAACAUGAGCGUACCGUGGGAGCAGGGCCCAUGGCGAGCUGUAGAAAUCGGCAAUUUCGAAGAGAUGAACAAGUUCGCUUGGAUAUGGGCCAAGUUUAUGACCUGGUCUCCAUGCACGAGUUGGAGAACUGCCAAAGCUGAAUUCGAGAUCUGCGAACGUUGCUCCCCCAAAAUGCCUAGGAUGGCAUGGACAGUUAUCAAAGGAAGAGAGCGUCCCAUUGAAGAUCCAGUGGAUGCAGCGAGAUAUGAGCGUGACUACAAAUUGAGGCCGCCACCGUUCCGCAUUUUCACGAAGAUAGAAAACGCGGUAAAUGAAGAAUAUACAGAAACUGGUCAUGUAUGUCUUGCCGUGAACUUCAAGACGAUGUUCCAUCGAGCCUGUGGGACAAUAGCACACCGUUGCGAUGCUAGUGCCUCGGUUGACUUUUACUGGCGAGUCUCUAGUAACGACGACACAGAUAUCCCUCGCCCGGCAAGCUACCGCAUAUUGAACAACAAUGGUGAGCCCAAGGCAGAGAGACCUCCCCGUUUCAAAAUCCCAUUAAGAUCAGAUCAGCGACGGUCCCUUCAGUGGGCGUUGACACGUGAAUCGGAUGACAUGAAAACUUUUCCAGAGGAAGAAGUCGAAGAGGCCGUCUUAGGACCCCUUAAUUGGCGAGCAGAAGCAAAAGUCGUUUUGCAUCGUAAGAUUAGGGGUGGAAUACUAGCGGACCAUGUCGGCUUCGGCAAAACAGCUGUGGUUCUAGGGCUCAUAGACUGUCAGCACGAAAAGGAUAUUCUGGAAGCAGGGGAGCCAUGUGGAAAUGCAAUAGCACUGAAGGCAACGUGCAUUGUCGUUCCUGACAUCUUGUUUGAUCAGUGGCAAGGCGAGAUCUCACGGUUCCUGGGGGAGACGUACACUGUCCUUGAUAUUGCGAAUAUUGUCAAGUUGGCAGCAACCUCAAUUGAGACAUUUCAAUCAGCAGACAUUGUUCUUGUUUCAUGGGCAGUUUUCACAGGUGCAUUAUAUUUCAACAAGCUGGAAGAAACAGCGGGAGGACCAUCCCCUCCGAAAGCGAACAGUAACGUACGCAUGUUUGAAGCCUGGUUUGACGAUGUAAUCGGAUCGAUCGAAAACCAAGUUGAUUCAUUACAGCAAGGCGGCCCGGAAGCAUUCCUAGAAGCUAUUCAACGUAAGCGAAAGUCCGUCUGGGGUACUGAUGCCUACAACCGCUACUUACCGUCAAGGAGGCUCAGAGGGAAGAAGAAUGCAGUAAUGGCUGGAGACUCUGAAAACAUUUCUUCAUUGAAUCAAGCAGCCGACUCUGUAGUUGGUUCUUCUCGUCAAUCGUUGCCAGGGGCAAAGAAUGACACCAAAGGUACUACGCCCAAAAUCAACAAAACGAGCAACAUAUCGAACCAAGAAACGUCCCUCGACAGGUCAAGUUCUGACGUUCCCUCAAACAAAAAGACGUCAAUAGGAGAUGUUAAGGGAACUGUUCUACAUAUGUAUCGUUUCCAGAGGCUCGUCAUUGAUGAAUUCACGUACUUGAAUCAGGACCGUCAUGCGCUAUUGGCAUCCCUCAAAGCACGUUCACGGUGGAUAAUGUCUGGAACGCCUCCCAUCAAAGGCUUUGCGGCUGCAGAGAAGAUGGCGCGGCUUUUAAAUGUAUAUCUCGGAAAGGCCAGUGAUGAUGAUUACGAGAAAAGCAAAUACAAACGGUCAGGUAAGCUAUCACCAGAGAAAUCCGUGUUUGUUUCGUUUCUCACGGAUAUAGAAUCCGAGAAUUUUCACUUCUUCGGAGACGUUGCAAGCAGAGGUUGGCAUUUCCGCCGUAAUGGGCUUGCACAGCACUUCAUUGAUGUGUUUAUGCGUCAGAAUACCCCCGAAAUUCCGCCGAUACAAUGGAAGGUUCAUUAUAAUCCUGUCAUUUUGUCUGCCGUGGAAAGGAUUCUCUAUCUCGAACUGAAACUGUUUUUCGAAUCAUACAAUCCGCAAACAAAAGGCGAAAAGAAGGAAAAGUAUUUGUAUGAUCAGCGUGGCAGAGUCAGUGAGAUUGUCGAUACAUGUAACACUCCAGAGCAAAGUCUGGUCAAGCGUUCCUCAUACUAUGAUAUGUUGCCUCGAUGGAGUUCGGCGACUGAGAGUAUUGACACAGUGCUGAAACUUAUUAGGCACAGACGCGAAGAGAUGAACAGGGUCAUUGGAGAAAUAAGGAUACAGUUAAAAGCUGUAUCCUGGUUGUUUCAUCAGCUUGAACAGAAUGAUCCUCGUUUCGACGCUCUCAAAGCCAGUCUUAAGUCAAACGACUACGGCGACAGCAACGUCUCUGAUAUGGUUCAGAAACUACUCAGCGAGGCCAUUGAGUCAUAUGACAAAGACCACUGGAAAGAAUUUUGGCAAAACGGCCGCUCUGCCGAUAACUCCAUGUCUAUUACCAGGUUCGAUGGGCAUCAGAUGGACCAAAAUGAAGACAGAAGUGACGAGGAGGAAGAGCAGCAAGAAGAUGCAAAUGGCGAAUAUGUCCCACAAUCAAGACAAGAGAAAGCUACACCUCAGAAAAAGAAAGACGGGUUGAAGCCUCUGCCAAACAGCAAAUCCGAAAAAGAAAAAGAACUUCGAGAAUGGACAAACAAGGUCCGAGUGAACAUCCUUGCCGUGGUGGAACGAACGCGGGCGCUCAGGUUCGUAGAGUCAGGCCACUUUUUCGAAAACCCCAGAACUGUACCUCAUUGCCAGAGCUGCGGUCAGAAAGGCCAACAACGAUCCUCAAAGAAUCUUAGUGUCCUGGGCAAGUGCGGCCAUAUCGUCUGUGCAUCAUGCCUCGAAGACGUACUCAGCGACAAUAAAUGCACUGCUCAUGAUUGUCGAGCAGCUGUAGACGAACAAUAUGUCAUUCCUGGUCGUUAUUUCUCCAUGUGCCAGCCCAUCGACAGGCCAACUCCGCUGGCAAUCCCCAGCGAAGACCAGGUCAUUCUCUUCUUGCAGUUUGCGGAUCUCGAGGGACCAGUCACGGCAGCCUUUGAGAGACACAACAUUUCCUAUGCUUCGGUAGGGAUGAGUGGUGGACGCGGCAGGAGCAAGAUGAAAGCAUUUGCCGGGCACGACAAGCAGGUUGCCAUUCUUCAACUGGGGACCGAAAACGCUGCAGGACUAAACCUCCAGAAUGCCAACCAUGUCAUCUUUUUUGGGCCUUUCGCAGCCAAGAACCAUUAUGAGUACCAGAGCGCCAUCACACAAUCCAGCGGCCGUGUCAUUCGGUUUGGGCAGAAGAAAGAGGUUCAUAUUUGGCAUCUUGUGGCGCUGAACACGCUGGAAGUUGGCAUACUGCAGGGGCAAGAUGGGCGUACUCUGGUCAGACACGUAGACGGAGAGUUCGAGCUGGUCCUCGACGAUGAAAUCAGAGCGGAUGAUGCCAAAGGGUUUGAGUUUCCGGCUUUCGAUUGGAAGUAG